GCCAAGCGGAGGUCUGCGGAAGGGAGCUGAAGGCCGGAAGAGCAGCAAUUAAAGAAAGACACAGGCUUGAUGUGUUUGACACGUGGCAGGGGGCCGCUGUGGCGGGUGCUGAGACCAGUGGUAGAAGAAUGAGGUUGCAGAGGCCUUCUUGUGGACCAGGCUGAGGAGCUGGGCUUAGCCUUAGGGCAUGAUCUGUUUCGUGUGCCAUCUCUCUGCUUGCUUUAUAGAUUGCAGGCCUUAGGGGUGAAAGAGGAAACAGGGAGACCAGUUAGACCAGUGGCAGUCAGAAGGUGAAAGAUAAUUGUGGCUUAGACUGUGAUAGUGGGAAUGGAGAGGAAAAGAAGUAGAGGGGUCAAGAAGUGUAUUGAAAGUGGAACUGACAGGGCAGGAUUUGAGAAAUGACAGAAAUAAGUGGUCAAAGAUGACUUCAUCAUAGAUUUUUGGUUUUGGCUUAAGUAACCGAGUGAAUUAUGCUGGCAUUUACUAAAUGACUCUGGGAUAGAUUGGGAGCGUGAGAAAUAAUUACGAAAUCUUCUUAGGGCAUCUUAAGUUUUAGAUAUUUGGAGUGCAGCUACCAAAUAGGCAGUUAGAUAUACGAGUCUGAUACAGAAGAGGUCAGGGCUGAUGUAAAGAAUUUAGAAAUCAUUGGCAAGUGGAUUGGGUAGGAUGAGAUUAUGUAGGGUAAGAUUUAAGAGAGAAGAGAAGCCAGGUUCCAAGCUUUAGGCACCCAAUUUUUAUAGAUUGAGUUGACAAGAAGGUGCCAGCAAAAAAGACCAAUAAAGAGUCCAGAAAAGCAGAAGAAAAACCAGGAGAAUGUGGUAUCGUGGCACCCAAGAGAAGGUUUUUUUAGGAGGAGGAAGUGAUCCAUUGUGUAAGGUCACUUUGGUGGCAGUUCAUGGAGAAUAGCUUGAGGUGACAAGACAGCAGACACGACAUGGGUCUCUGGGACUGCCUGUGCUGUUGUGGGCAGCCCCUCCAGAGCCCUGAGUCAUGCAGCUUUCAGAGGCACCCAUGGCUAUGAGAAGCACAGUCUCUGCCUGAGGCUCCAGAGCGGCCCUUUUUCCCCAGCAGCAGACCUCGGGACCUGUGAGCGCUGCAUCCAGUUAACCAUGGGAAGAGUCAGCACCAGCCACCAGCCCCUUAGGUGAGGACUCUGCCUGGGGCUCCGCUGAUGGUUGCAAAUCAUGGAGCUGCAGAGAGCUCCUCCAGCCAGGAGACGUUCUUGGUGAAAGCUGUGGUCUAACUCCACCGGCUCUUCCUGCACGUUGUAUUCAAGAGGGGUGCCUGCCCCCGCUGACUCAGGAGCUUGGGUGCUGCAGCCGCCACGAAUGGGGAGGUGGGCCCUCGAUGUGGCUUUUGUGUGGAAGGCGGUGUUGACCCUGGGGCUGGUGCUUCUCUACUACUGCUUCUCCAUCGGCAUCACUUUCUACAACAAAUGGCUGACAAAGAGCUUCCAUUUCCCCCUCUUCAUGACGAUGCUGCACCUGGCCGUGAUCUUCCUCUUCUCCGCCCUGUCCAGGGCGCUGGUUCAGUGCUCCAGCCACAGGGCCCGUGUGGUGCUGAGCUGGGCCGACUACCUCAGAAGAGUGGCUCCCACAGCUCUGGCGACAGCGCUUGACGUGGGCUUGUCCAACUGGAGCUUCCUCUAUGUCACCGUCUCGCUGUACACAAUGACCAAAUCCUCAGCUGUCCUCUUCAUCUUGAUCUUCUCUCUGAUCUUCAAGCUGGAGGAGCUGCGUGCGGCACUGGUCCUGGUGGUCCUCCUCAUCGCCGGUGGUCUCUUCAUGUUCACCUACAAGUCCACACAGUUCAACAUGGAGGGUUUCGCCUUGGUGCUGGGGGCCUCGUUCAUCGGUGGCAUUCGCUGGACCCUCACCCAGAUGCUCCUGCAGAAGGCUGAACUUGGCCUCCAGAAUCCCAUCGACACCAUGUUCCACCUGCAGCCACUCAUGUUCCUGGGGCUUUUCCCUCUCUUUGCUAUAUUUGAAGGUCUCCAUUUGUCCACAUCUGAGAAAAUCUUCCGUUUCCAGGACACAGGGCUGCUCCUGCGGGUACUUGGGAGCCUCUUCCUUGGCGGGAUUCUCGCCUUUGGUUUGGGCUUCUCUGAGUUCCUCCUGGUCUCCAGAACCUCCAGCCUCACUCUCUCCAUUGCUGGCAUUUUUAAGGAAGUCUGCACUUUGCUGUUGGCAGCUCAUCUGCUGGGCGAUCAGAUCAGCCUCCUGAACUGGCUGGGCUUCGCCCUCUGCCUCUCGGGAAUAUCCCUCCAUGUUGCCCUCAAAGCCCUGCAUUCCAGAGGUGAUGGUGGCCCCAAGGCCUUGAAGGGGCUGGGCUCCAGCCCCGACCUGGAGCUGCUGCUCCGGAGCAGCCAGCGGGAGGAAGGUGACAAUGAGGAGGAGGAGUACUUUGUGGCCCAGGGGCAGCAGUGACCGGCCAGGGCAAAUGGCUUAGAAGCAGGCCACUCCCCAGCCUGCUGCCAGCACUCACUGUGCUCAAGCCCCCGGGGCUCUUCAUGGUAGCUGGGAGCUGUGGACGGGAGUCACCAGGUGGUGGGGCCAAGCCAGGGACUCGUGACUCUUGCCCCUCCCUUCAGAGCCUGGUCACACAAGGGGCGAGCACCAGGCCAGCCUGGGACUGGCCAGAGCUGGGCCCAAGCUGCACUGGAAUCGCAGCAGGAGAGGGGAGUGGGCUGCUUCUUCCCAACCACUUCCCAGGCUCUGACAGCCGAGACUCAUUUCCAAGGCACAGCAGCUUUCUAAGGGGACUGGGUUUGGACUGGGUUUUGGACCUCGAGAGGCUGGAGCCUCAUCACCUGGGCAGUGUCUUUUCUCAGAGAGCAGGUUUCUUUAUAGUUUGGAAAUAAAUGGUUCACGGUCCA